CAGAACUCUACUGUAGAUGGACAUAGAUUCCUGUGACUUGGUAAACCAUCUGGAUUUCUUACAUUUAGGGUGAAUCUAAUUAUCUGUUUGUUCCUCUGGAGAAUGAAAAGCAUCUUCCCAACAAAACUAAGAGAGAUGGAGUCUUUCCUCUUGGAUGAUAUCAGCUCUGUGAUACAGAACAAAGACAUUGAGAGGGUCAUCUCACCAAUGAUCGUUCAGCUUUGCCAUCUACUCAUCUCAACGGAGAGGAAAGAUGUGGGGAAUGAAGUAUUUUCCUCGUUGGAGAAGAUGGCUGAGGAAUUGGCUAAAGCUAGUGAAGACUUUGUGCAAGUUGCCAAAAGGCUUGCAGGAGACUCUGAGGAGGAGUGGCUCAGGGAGGAAAUGGAGCCUGCUGCCCAGUCUCUGACACUGUCUGGAAGGCACAUCAUGCUGGUGGCUCAGAGACUCCAUCUUCAGCCAGAAUGUCAGCACUACCAGGAGGAGCUAGUGACCACAGCUCAGCAGAUCCUAGUGAACACCACGAAGGUCUUGCUCCUUGAAGACGCGGCGAUGGCGAGAAAGACGGUGCGGGCUGCUGGUUGGUGCCUGACCUGCCUGGACGCGCUGGAGGCGGCGGGAGACGCGGCCUCGCAGCGCGGCACCUUCGCCGACCUGGCCACUGCGCUGCUGCGCCUGGGGGACCUGGCAGCGCUCAGGCCAGAGGAGCGCCUGAGCCGCGCGGGCUGCCUGCUUCGGGCCUACAUCCCCGCGCUGAUCGCGGCAGUCCGCGGCCGCCUCCAGCAUCCACGCGAUCCGCAGCUGGGCGCGUCCCCGCGCCGGGUUUGCGCUCUGGCCAGGAAAGCCCUCGGCGAGCUCCUGGUGCGACUGGAUCCCGGCGCCGCGGCCCCGGCGACCAGCGUGUGGAACGGCGCGCUAGCCCGGCCCCUGAGGCAACUGCAGGAGCUGCUGGUGGCGCCUGUGUCCGAGCCCCUGCACCUCAGCCCGCUGGACCCCCCGCUGGCCGCCGUGGUCUGGCACUGCAUGCGCCUGGCAGCCUGCUCUGCGCCGCCGGAAAGGCUGCACCUGGUGGACCGCGUCGGCCGGCUGCUACAGCUGCGGAGCUCUGGUGCCCGGCGCCUCGCGGGGAUCGGCGGACCUCCCGGGAGAGGCCGGGUAAGGUCGGAGCCAGGGCAGGAGCGCGCGGCGCUGCGGGCCGCGAUCGAGGCCCUCUCCCAGGGGUUCUGCACUGGGCUACUGCACCAGAUCCUGGACACCUUCACAGACACGAAAAGUCCUCUCUUAAGGCUGGUACAGGCGGCGGUGGCGACUUCCGCAGACAGCUCCCCUUACGAUGGCGAGGCCUUGCCGAAGAGCCUUCAGCUUUGCCUUGCUACUUUCCAUGACCGGGCCAAACAGAUGCUCAGAGUGGCUCACUUGGCCUUGGUUUGCUGCCCUCAACAAGAAACUGGCAGAGACAUGGAGGCCGCCAUGGCAAGCAUUUGGGGACUUGUGGUGAGAGUGCAACAGCUUUUCUCAGGAAGCCCCCAAGGGUCUGGCCGGGACUGGAGCCCUGCCAUCCUGCAGGCCCUGCUUCAGGCCUGGGCCAGGGAAUCUGAACACCUGUUGGCAUGUUUUGAUGACGUCCUCAAUAUUCCUGAGUUCCUGAAUGUAUCCAUUCAGGAAAUGUCCAAGCAUUUGGACUUCUUUACGUGGGCUUUGGAGAGUGGAGAUUCCAGUGAGUCUUUUCGAUGUGUGGCAUAUCUACAGGGCCGGGCCACACACAUAGUGCAGGUAAUGAGCAGGUAUGUGGGCCAAGAACGAGAUCCCAUUUUCCGGAAUGGCCUGAGAGUCUUGAUCCAGCAAGUAGAGCAAUCUUCAUUGGUCUUGGGUGUAGCUGCUGAGCACUGUUCACGUGAAUAUGGAUCUCCGGACACUGAUGCAUUUUUAACCAUGGCAAAACAUCUGAUCUAUUCAGCUCAGAGCCUCAAAGAGGGGCUGGCUGGGACUAACCACCCAGAUAUCCUCAGCCCCCUUCGGAACCAAGUCCACAGGUUUGACGUUGCUAAGAGAGAACCUUAUUUCAUUCUCCCCAGCUUCCAGAGCUCUGCAGUGCCUGAACUGAAAUAUCAGAGAGUGCCUGGGUUAGAGGAAAAUGACCCAGGUACCUCCUAUCCACCAAUGGACCAUUCUCCACACCCUUUGAUUCCUGAUACCUGUACAAAGAGGAGGGGCUCUCCACCCCCUGCCAUCAGGAAACUCAUCCUUGCUGUAGAGAGCCGUGACCACCAUGCAGUGGCCUCAGCUUGUACCGACCUGCUAGAGCAUGAUGCCGCUGUCAGUGCAGCCCAAGAGGCCCUGGCUGGAGACGGGUCACUGGGGCCAGAGAGGAUGUUGGGACUUCAAGGUAUCUCGACACUGGCACCUCCUAUUAUUGGCCUACCAAAAGAGAUAGCACAUUGCACAACUGCUAGAACUGAUAGGCUCCUGGAAGUGGCUCUCCAGCUGUCUGGCAAGACGAGGGAAACCAGGCAGGAUUUGGUAGCCAUGGCUGGUGACUGGUACUGUCUGUGUCAACAACUGUUUUGCCACAACCCAACAGCUGAUCUGCCACAAAGUACAGCAGUGUUCCUGGAGCUUCAGCAGAAUUUAGCCUCAGUGGUUCAACUAGCAGCUAAAAGUGGGCCCAUGGAUUUGGAUAAAAAUGACCUUGAUUCAACUCAGCGUCCAGAAGUGCUUUUACAAAUGCAAGCUAGAUUGGAGGAGGCAGACACCUAUGCUAAACAGUUGUUUGACAAGGUUUUGACCUUUGAUGGUCUCCAAGCCCCCAAGUCAUGGGAAGAGAGCAUUGAGGAUGGGUGCCUUCUAUGGUCAGUGGCUGUCCAAAACCUGCUCCAGUACAUGGAGCAGCUCAGUGGGAAAAAAGGCAUGUUCCUACUGCCCCUGCGGCUGGCAAUGAAAAACCAGCAGGGAUUGCAGGAAGGGUUGGAUCAGGCAGCAGAUGUUUCUCAGAGGCUACAAGAGGCUGCCAGCCUAUCCAGCCUACUGUGUGGGGAUGAGCAGGAAAAGGGCAAGGUGUCCUUUCUGUGCAGGGAAGUUCAUGUACUCACAGAUGCUCUGCUGGAUGUGGCACAGAUCCUGGCCUCCUCCCCCAAACCAUCUCCCAGCUUGUCCACACGCUUUGAACUUCUCUGUCUGGAGCUCACCCUUCAAACCAAGGCCUUGAUUAGCCACCUCAGCACCAUCAAUGCAGACUAUGAAUGUGCCUUCCAAGAUGUUGUCUGCCCAAGGCUCUCUGUCUGUAAGGACCCCCAGACCAGACCAGAAAGCUCUCUGGAAAGAAUGGUGUCUGGUAUCCAAGCUGUACAAGGAAUUGUGGUAGAAGGUCAGGAAUAUGGACCCUGCCAGGAAGACCUUGUUAUGGCUCUGGAGAACAUUCUCACCCUCACCAAGGAGGUGGCCCAGAGGAUCCCUGUGCUCCAAGAACACCCAGAGGAGUGGGGAAUGCACAUCCCAGACUGGCUUCAAUGGGAGUGGGCAGCCAAGGCUCACCAUGCUGUGGCCCAGCUGCAGGCCUGGAAAGGUGGUCACACUAAGGCCUGGAGACAUCUGGCCCAGUGCUUGAAACCUGGGGAGGAGCCAAGAAGGGCCCCAGAACAGGAUCCUAUCCAACCCCUGUUCCUCUGUGAAGAGGAUGUGGCAGGAUCGACUGCAGUGGGCAGUGUGGAUUCUCAGAGUGCUGCCCCCAGAACUCCUCUAGGGAGCUCACUGAGGACCUGUAUUGCUGGGACAACCACAGUGGACCUGGGCAUGCAGCAAAGCAGCCGCCAAUCCCCGUCCUCUGGCUCCUCAGCCACAGCAGCGCUGCCCACUGAGCUGAACCAGCCCCUCCCAGAGGACAGCAGCACGAACGGGGAGAGCAGAAUCACCCGGAUCACUCGUGCAAUGGCCACGGAGGUGUUCCUGAUGGCUCAGAGUCUGAGGAGGAGAGGAUGCAUCCUGACCAAAGAUCAGCUCAUUGCCUCUGCCAGGAAAAUUGCGUCUUCUGGACAAAACUUUGCCAGACUCAUCUGCAUCAUUGCUAAGAACUGCAUAGACCAAAGAUGUUCCCAGGAGCUUUUGUGUGUGGUGGAGCAGAUUCAAACACUGAGCAACCAGCUCCACAUCAUCUCCAGUGUAAAGGCCUCCCUGGCAAGAAGCAAGUCCUCUGAAGAGCUCCUAGUGGAAAAUGCACAGCAGCUCCUCCAGGCUGUCUUCAAGACCAUGAGGGCCACAGAAGCUGCGAGUCUCCGGGGUUUGAGAGAACCUUCCCCAGAUCCAGAGGAAUUGGAAGUUAUUGCCUUCUGCCUGCAGUGGAGGAGGAAGCUGCUAAGGCACAGACUUCAGGAAACCUCAAACAUGGAUUGUGAUGAGCUGGGCCUGCGGAAAACAAGCACUAAAACUCCCCCAACACUCGCUGCCUGGGUUCAGGAAGCAUUAUAAAAGCUAAGAGAUGGUUCCUGGUCAAGCUCCUUGUACCCUAUGCUCUGGCCUGACCUGUACUUCCUGACCUGUACUCUGACCUCACACUCGCAGCUUGUGGGAAGUGCCUUUUAAGUUGAAUCUGCCUGUGGGGUUGCAGGGUGACACGGCGGUUUGGGUGGGUGCAGUGUGGCCAGGGUCCAGCCUUGCACAAGGCUGCCCUGACAACAUUACUCGUUAGGGGACAUCCCUGGGCCCCUGAUGAGGCUGAUUUCUUCCUGGGAAAACAUGUUUCUUGGCUUGGAAGGAACAACACAUGUAAACUUGUGGAAGGAGAGGGAAAACAUCCAAGUACCAUUAGCUUAAGCCUUUAUUAAGGUGUUAUGAUGGGAGACAAUUCCCAGAAUGUUCUCUAGGGAACCAGGAGCUAAACGAUGUUUGAGUUAGAUAGAGGCAGUGAGUCAGAGUUCCCCUUGCUCAGGUCCCCUGUCCCCUGACUAGCACACCUGUUUCCCAUCAGUUCAGAAUUUGAACAGUGUCAAAUUCUGAACUGAUGGGAAACAGGUGUGCUAGUCAGGGGACAUGAUGCAAGGACUGUGCAUCAGGGCUGCUGAGCUCCAGCGCUAUUUGGUAAAUCUGGGUUUAGCAUUUGGAAUGGAGAGGAACAGUUGGGAGCUAAGGCCUUGGCUGAGGCAGUAGGAGUUUUUAAUUCUUCAGUGCCUUUUACAAAACCUAAUUGAUGGAGGGCAAAGAGACUGGUGACUUUCACCUCAGAGGCUAAAGCUCAUGGCCAGGAGCAGAGGACUGAGUCCCAGCCAAGGGUCAGGGAAGGAGGCUGGGGUGCAGACUGGGAGUGGGGAUGCCCUGGAGGCAUGGGCGAGGGUCUUGCUUGUCUGGGGGGUGCUGUAAGCCUCCUAGAGUCUACCAUUGUCCUUUGGUAGGAGGGGCCAACUGGAUGCUGCCUGAGACUGAAUUGCCCUCAAUCGGGUGGGAUGGUGGCUUGGAUUUAUAGUAGAUAAAGAGAAGUAUUUUUCCAUUUUUUAAAAAACAGGGCACACUUAGAUGAGAUUUGACACACAUGCCCCCAUGAAACUGUCAUCACACUCGAGAUAAUGAACAUAUACAUUGUUUUCCACAGUAUCCUGAAGCCCCUUUGUAAUCAAUCACACACCUCCUUCCCACUUCCUUCCAAGUCCCUGUUACGACUAUCUGUUGGUUCUUCACAGGUCUGUCUUAGCAUAAUUUUUUUCAAAGUUCAUCCAUAUUGUAGCAUGUAUUAGUACUAUAUUGCUUUCUAUUGUCAAAUAUUGUCAUUGUUUGCAUAUACCGCAUUGUAUUUAUCCAGUCAUCAGUUGAUGGACAUUUGGAUUGUUUCUACUCUUUGGCUAUUCUGAAUAAGCAUUCAUUUAAGUUGUCAAAUUUAUUGACAUAAUAGGGUGUGGUGGCUCACACCUGUAAUCCCAGCACUUUGGGAGGCUGAGAUCAGCAGAUCACUUGAUCUGGUAUUGGAGUUCAAUACCAGCCUGGCCAACAUGGUAAAACUCAUGUCUACUAAAAAUACAAAAAUUAGCCAGGCAUGGUAGUGUAUGCCAAGGUGGGUGCAUCACCUGAAGUCACAAGUUCGAGACCAGCCUGGCCAACAUGGUAAAACCCUAUCUCUAUUGAAAAUACAAAAAAAUUAGCCUGGCAUGGUGGCAUACAUCUGUGGUCCCAGCUGCUCGGGAGGCUGAGGCAUGAGAAUCGCUUGAACCUGGGAGACAGAGGUUGCAGUGAGCUAAGAUCAUGCUACUGCACUCUAGCCUGGGUGACAGAGUGAGACUUCGUCUCAGAAAAAAAAAAUCUGUAAUAUUCUUUUUUUUUAAAUUAUACUUUAAGUUCUGGGAUAUAUGUGUAGAACAUAUAGGUUUGUUACAUAGGUAUACAUGUGCUAUCAUGGUUUGCUGCCCUCAUCAACCCAUCAUCUAGGUUUUAAGCCCUGCAUGCAUUAGGUAUUUGUCCUAAUGCUAUCCCUCCCCUUGCUCUUCCUCCCCGCCCCUGGUGUGUGAUGUUCCUCUUCCUGUGUCCAUGUGUUCUCAUUGUUCAGCUCCCACUUAUGAGUGAGAACAUGCAGUGUUUGCUUUUCUGUUCCUGUGUUAGUUUGCUGAGAAUAAUCGUUUCCAUCUUCAUCCAUGCCCCUGCAAAGAACAUGAACUCAGCUUUGUGCAGUGGCAGUAUCGUAGCCAAUGAGGUUUAUCCGAGGCGCGAUUAUGGCUAAUUGAAAACUUUUCCCAAUACUCCGCCAUGAUGACUUGAAAUAUAGUUGACAUUGGCAAUUUUUGACAGUCUCUAUGGAGACUGAAUUUAAAAAAAAAAAAAAAAGAACAUGAACUCAUUCUUUGUUAUGCUGCAUAGUAUUCCAUGGUGUAUAUGUGCCACAUUUUCUUUAUCCAGUCUAUCAUUGAUGGGCAUUUGGGUUGGUUCCAAGUCUUUACUAUUAUAAAUAGUGCUGCAAAAGAAGAUUUUAUGCGGCCAACAAACAAGUGAAAAAAAGCUCAUCAUCUCUGGUCAUUAGAGAAAUCCAAAUCAAAACCACAAUGAGACACCAUCUCACACCAGUUAUAAUGGUGAUCAUUUAAAAGUUAGGAAACAACAGAUACUGGAGAGGAUGUGGAGAAAUAGGAACGCGUUUACCCUGUUAGUGGGAAUGUAAAUUAGUUCAACCAUUGUGGAAGAUAGUGUGGUGAUUCCUCAAGGAUAGAGAACCAGAAAUACCAUUUCACCCAGCAAUCCCAUUACUGACUAUAUACCCAAAGGAAUAUAAAUCAUUCUACUAUAAAGACACAUGCACACAUAUGUUUAUUGCAGCACUAUUUAUAAUAGUAUUCUUUUACUUUCUGUAGGAUCUGUAAUAAUGGCACAUCUCUCAUUUUCUAUAUUGCUAAUUUGUGUUCUCAUUCCCUUUCUUUCCUUCUCAGUCUGGCUAGUGCUUUGUCAACUUUAUUGAGCUUCUCAACCAUGUUUUUGUUUCUUUCAUUUUCUCUGUUUUUCUGUUUUCUAUUUCACUGAUUUCUGCUCUGAUCUUUAUUAUUUCCUUUCUUUUACAUACAUUUAGUUUAUUUUGCUAUUUUUUCCAGUCUCUUUCAUUGAAAACUGAUAUGCUUGACUUAAGAACUUUAUCCUAUUCUAAUGUAGGACUUUAGUACUAUAAAUUAUCUCAUAACUACUGUGUUAGCCCAAAUUCUGGUAUAUCAUGCUUUUAUGUUCAUUUAUUUCAGAAUAUUUUCCAAUUUCUCUGCUUAUUUCUUCUUUAAUCUAUUUAGGAUUAUGUUAUUUCAUAUAUAAAUAAUUAUAUUUUCCAGAAUUUAAUUAUUUAGAGUUAUGCUUUAGGUGUUCAAAUAACUGGAUAUUUUCCAGAGUUUAUUCUGCUAUUGGUUCUCAAUUUAAUUCCAUUGUUGUCACAAUUUAUUAAUUGUGUUUAAAUUGUCUAUUUUAUUUUUAAGAUAUUCAAAUGAUGAGAAAAAAUAAUACCUACACAGGUAGUUAUCAAAAUGUGCUCUUCAUUCUUUCUGUACAUCCUGACCUCCAUCUUGUAUUGCUUUCCUUCUCACUGAAGGAAACAUUUUUAUUAAUUUCUACAAAAUUUGUAGUAGUGUGAGUCAGCUUGUGAUGAAUUCCUUCAGCUUCUAGGUUGACAGUGUUUUUCUUCCAGGAAUUUUAAAAUAAUGCUCCAUUCUCUUCUCUUUUACAUCAUUUCCUGUAAAAAACACAUUGUCACCCUUAUGUUUGUUCUUCUGCACAUAACAUACCCGUUUUUGCUGUCUGAUUUGAAGAUUUUCUCUUUAUCACCCAAUUUUGAAUAAUUUGAUUAAAGUAUGAGUUGUGUUUGAAAUUCAUUGAACUUCUUAGACGUAUGACUUUAUAUCUUUCCUCAAUUUUUGAAUAUUUUUCUAUCAUUAUUUUCUGUUCUCAUAUUUUUUUUCUGUAUUCAUAGAAGAAUGUAAUUGACAUUAUCUCUUUCAGGAGUGCCAAUUGCAUGUUACUGGGCUGCUUGAGGCUUUCUGAUAACUUCCUGAUGCCCUUUCCAUUAAAAAAAAUAUUUUCCCUGCUGGGCACUGUGGCUUACGCCUGUAAUCCCAGCACUUUGGGAGGCCAAGGCAGGCAGAUCAGGAGGUCAGGAGUUUGAGACUAGCCUGACCAACAUGGUGAAACACUGUCUCUACUAAAAAUACAAAAAUUAGUUGGGCCUGGUGGCAGUCAUCUGUAAUCCCAGCUAUUCAGGAGACUGAGGCAGGAGAAUCGCUUGAACCCGGGAGGUAGAGGUUGCAGUGAGCGGGAGAUCACACCACUGCACUCCAGCCUGGGUGACAAAGUGAGACUCCAUCUCAAAAAAAGAAAAAAAAAUCUUUUCCCUGAUUGUUUUCAUUUUGCAUGUAAAUAAAAAUAGCUUUUAUUGCUACAUCUUCAAGUCUAUUACCAUUUUAUUCUGCAAUGUCUAAUUUGCUGGUCAUCCUAUCCACUGUUUAUUUUAUCUCUCAAAGGUCAAUGUAGAUUUUUAAAAAAUAUUUCCCAAGCUUUGACUUAACUUUUUGUGAAAUAUAGUUUUAGUAACUCUUUUAGUGUCUUUGUUUUACAUUUGUGUCAGUUCUGAGUUGGUUUCAAUGGACUCAUUUGUCUCCUCAUUAUGCGCCAUGUUUUCCUAUAUGCCUGGUAAUUUCUAUUGUAUCCCAGACACUAAAUUUUAACUUGCUGAAUGCUAAAUUUUUGUAUUUCUAUGCAUAUUCUUGAGUUUGUUCUGGGAGACAGUUAAAUUACUUAGAAGCAAUUACUUUCUCUCUUGUUUUGUUUUAUUUUGUUUUGUUUGAAACAGAGUCUCGCUGUCACCCAGGCUGGAGUGCAACGGCGUGAUCUUGGCUCACUGCAGCCUCUGCAUCCUGGGUUCAAGCAAUUCUUAUGCCUCAGCCUCCCAAGUAGCUGGGAUUAGAGGAAUACACUACCAUGCCUGGCUAAUUUUUGUAUUUUUAGUAGACAUGAGUUUUACCAUGUUGGCCAGGCUGGUAUUGAACUCCAAUACCAGAUCAAGUGAUCUGCUGACCUCAGCCUCCCAAAGUGCUGGGAUUACAGGUGUGAGCCACCACGCCCAGGAUCUGUCUUGUUUUUUAAGAUUUGCUAAGUGGGAUCAAAGCAGAGCUUGGUCUAGGGUGAAAUUUUUCCCACUAUUGAGGCAAGUCCCUUCUGUUUACUCUACCCAAUACCUUUGAACAAUGAGGCUUUCCAUUCUGUCUGGUGUGUACUUUUCUUGGCCCUAUGUCAGCACCAGGCAGUAUUAUUUUUUUCAAAAAAUUCUUAUUUUAUUUAAACAUUUCAUUAGAGAUGAGGUCUUGCUCUGUUGCCCAGGCCAGCCUCAACUCCUGGGCUCAAGAGAUCUUCCCGCCUCAGCCUCCUGAGUGACCCUUUCAGAUGGUUCUUUCCCUGGCCUUGGUAGUUUCCAUAUGCGUAUGUGUUCAUUAGUACUUCUUUGAAACUUCUGCAGACACCCAAGAGUUUUUUUUUUCCACUAUAGCUCUCUCCUCUCCAGUACUCUAUCUUGCAAACUUUAGCUGCCUUGUUUUCCCUGGUCUUUCAGCUCUAUUUCCUCAAUCAGGGAAACUUCCAUGCUCCUGUGUAGGGUUCCAUCUUCCUUCACGGUUUUCUUCUUUGCAUGGUAAUCUUUGAUUGGAGGCCAGUCAUUGUGAACUCUAACUUGAUAUAUGCUGGAAAUUUUUGCAAAUAUUCUUGAAUGCUGUUCUUAGAUGAAGUUAAUUUAUCUGUAAAUAGUUUGAUACUUUCAAGUCUAACUUUUAAGCUUUUUCUUUGGAUGGGAUGAAAACAACAUUUCUUCUAGGAUUUUUUGUUUGUUUGAGACAGUCUCACUCUGUCACCCAGGCUGGAGUGCAAUGGUGCGAACUCAGCUCACUGCAACCUCUGCCUCCCAGGUUCAAGUGAUUCUCCUGCCUCAGCCUCCUCAGUAGCUGGGAUUACAGGCUCACGCCACCACACUUGGCUAGCUUUUAUGUUGUUGGUGUUUUGGUUUGUAUUUUUAGUAGAGACAGGGUUUCACCAUGUUGGUCAGGCUGGUCUUGAACUCCUCACCUCAGGUGAUCCUCCCACCCCGGCCUCCAAAAGUGCUGAAAUUACAGGUGUCAGUCACCAUGCUCAUCCAUGUUCUAGGAUUUCUUUUGUCCCACUACUGAGGCAAGGUCCUUUUGAAUGUCCCACUGUAUGUCUCAUUAUUACAUGGUCUGUCCACUCUGGAUGGUAGAAAUGCAAACUGAGAUGUACAGCCCUGUUUGCUCUGGGAAUUGUAUCCUUUAACCCUUGUCCUAAUCACAGGUGUUUGUUCACACACGUGUCUGCUCAGUACUUAGCUGGAGACUGAGGGAGGACCCUUUGGUGGCUCUCCAGGUUUUUCUCUCUGUGUAUCUCUCACCUCUCUCAUCCUCUGCUUGGCAAAUUCUGUCCACCUUGUGUCCCUGGACUCUCAACUCUUCUCAGCCCUGGGAGAUUGCUGCUCUCGGAUUGGACGCCCACCUUGCAUUAACUUAGAAAUUCUUCAGGAAGCUUGGUUAGUAGAAGGACUCAUCUUUUUAGUUUCCUCUCUUUAAGAAUCACUGUCCCGUGCUGCCUGAUGCCCAAUAUCUGAAGACCAUUGUUUCAAAUGUUUUGUUCAGUUGUUUGUAGGUUGAGAUAAGGAGUAGGUGUGUUGGGGAAAUCUGGUCUUUGUUACUCCAUCUUGGCCAGUGAUGACAAAUACUCACUCCCCUUUUAGCAACUUUUCCUCUGUCUAUAGACAUGUUUGAGUUUCCUUUUUAUUUAUUACAUUUUCUGGAGUCUUUUGCUCUAUUCAUACAUUUCUACAACUUAUAAUUCGUCAUUGUUGUUUUGUUUACCAUCUGCCAAUUCUUCAAAACAAUGGCUUAGUUUUUCAUUGUUUCCCAUCUGUCAGACCCAGUGGUCUCUUUCCAGAACUCAGACUCUUCGACCUCUUAACCCAUCCAACUCUAGUGACCUCCUCUUGCCAUCCUCUCCCACUGGCCUCCUCUCUGCAGGUUUCUUCUUUGUUGUCCAGAGCUUUUUACUCCCUCUGCUCCAUCCUACCUCUACCCAUUAUGGUCUACAGACUGUUGCCAUUCUAACUUCUCUAAUUUACAACUUUGAGCUUGUCUCUUUCUGGCUUAAGACUCUCCAGUGGCCUUAACUGCAGUGCUGACCAAGCCUGGCUUGAACUAUCCCUGAUUUCCCUUCUCUCCAUGCCCAAUAAACACACACACAGUUUCACUUAAUUCCCACCUUGUGCUCUUGCAUUACCAAGCCAACUGUGGAUGCCUGGACAGAAAUGUCUAUUUCAUACCUUCAUGCUUUUGCUCUCAUUGUUUUCUGUAAAUAAAAUGCCCUGCUCCUUGCCCCAAUCCACCUAGCAAGCUUGUAUUUAUGUUACAGGAAUCAGAUCAAUUGUCUCUUCCUCUGUGAGCCAUUUCAUUUUAUUUUUUAUUUUGUAGAGGUGGGGACAUGCUAUGUUGCCCAGGCUGGUCUUGAACUCCUGACUUCAAGCGAUCUUCUGGCCAUGGCCUUCCAAAGCACUGAGAAUACAGGGAUGAACCACCAUACCUGGCGUGAGGCACUUCUUUAACCCUGACACACACUAACAACUCUACUCAGAAUCAACACGCUCCUCCUGGAUGCUUUCUCUGUGCCCUUCACCAACUUCUCCAAAUUCUCAGCACAGUCCUCAAGACAGCAUUUGAUCUCACUCCUGCCUCCCUCGCCACCGUCAGCCUUCCCCACCCUGAUCUUAUUCUCUUGUUUAGAUCUGACUAUGUGACCUCAUUUCAUUUCCUCGGGUAUAGAAACGUCCCUUUCUGACUCAGGGCCCUUGAACAGCUGUUCCUUCUCCCUGGAAAGCAUCCCCCAUCAGACGUCAGAUCUCAGCUUUAAAAAAUCACUUUCUUGGGACGUCUUUCUUAGUUGUACUCUGCCCUCACUAUUUUUUUUUAGCACUUGUCACAAUUUGUAUGCAUAUUGGUGUGAUCUUGUUAUUUCUUCUCUUGCCUUUCUAGACUGCAAGAACUACAAGGAUGGGGACUGUAUCUGCUUUGGGAUUUGAUUUUUGUUGUGUCUUACUCGUUUAACUUAGAACCUGCAGAGCUGGUGUUCAGCAGACGUGUGUGAGCAUUCUGCAGCAUGGCCUCCAGAGGGCGAGCAGGCUCAGCCGUCCCACCUGUAGAGACCAACCCAACACAAGCCAAGCCCCUCAUCAGAAGAGAAGGGGGAGGGUGCCUUUGGCCAGCAGCCUUGAGAAGUGGUACUCAACACACUUUAAUUGCAUGCUUCACAUGCCAGGCUCUUCCAUACAACUGUAAACUCAAAGCUCAUCUGUCCUGUUUGCUGCUGAAUCCUCAUAAAAUACCUUCCUGUAUAAUCUUGCACAGAGUGCAAAAAACAAUGCAUGUGAACACCCCAUUUUUCCUGCUGGUAUUUUCAGUAAACAGAAAUAAAAUCAGGCUGGGUGUGGUGGCUCACGCCUCUAAUCCCAGCACUUUGGGAGGCUGAGGCAGGAGAAUAGCUUGAGCCCAGGAGUUGGAGACCAGCCUGGGCAAUAUAGUGAGAUCCUGUCUCUAAAAAAAAAGAGAUAAAAUUAAUACUCACUAGCAGUGCUCCAGAUUGACAGAACCACAAGUCCUGUUUUCUCUAUUUCAGUAUAUUUUCUGGAUGUAAACUCUGGAUUGGAAGCUGGGCCAUGUAAUGACAUCCACAGGCCUUAGGUUCUCUAAUUUCCAAAGACCCUACUCUGUCAUACAGCAUAUGACACCAUGUACAUCCAUGUUCCACAUUGUGAAUGCAUAUAUACAUAUAUAAUCUUAAUUAUAUAUAGCAUUAUGAAAAUAACUUUGCUUUUGAAAUCAUACACCCCCGUUUAUAAUUUUCAUUUUCUUUUUUUUUUGCGACAGAAUCUCCCUGUCGCCCAGGCUGGAAUACAAUGGUGCGAUCUCUUUUCACUGCAGCCUCUGCCUCCCGGGUUCAAGCAACUGUCCUGCCUCAGCUUUCCAAGUAGCUGGUAUUACAGGUGCCUGCCACCAUGCCGAACUAAUUUUUUUGUAUUUUUAGUAGAGAUGGUGUUUCACCAUUUUGGCCAGGCUGGUCUUGAACUGCUGACCUCAAGUGAUUCGCCCACCUUGACCUCCUGCAGUGCUGGGAUGCACUUUACAAUUUCUUAUAACAUUUUGAAACCAAAGUCCUUUUUGAAGUCUCAAACAUUGUUGCAGAUUUUUGAAAAAGCUGGAUGGUUGGGUGUGGUGGUUCAUACUUGGAAUCCCAGCACUUUGGGAGACUGAGGGAGGAGGAUUGCUUGAGCCCAGGAGUUUGAGGCCAACCUGGGCAACAUAGUGAGACCCCAUCUCUAACUCUAAAAGAAAAAAUUUUUUAAAAAGCUAGGGGACCUGGGAGUGUGCACACACCCCGUGGAUAGAGGCCCCUGAUUUGAAAUCUUGGUCUGUCAUGUCAUAGUGAGUACUGGCUGACCUCCUGCUGAGGAACAGAUGUUGUGUGAGGUACUGGGGAGAGGGAGGCAAAUAGAACUUACAGUGCAACAGCGGAGGCAGAGAGACAACCGGUUAAGAUGGAAUCUGAUCAAUACCACGGAAGCACACAGCAAACACUCAGGCCUCCCAUGCAGAUCCAGAUGUGUGAUAGACUGAGUGGAGAAGCCACCAGAAAAGGGCCUUGACUGCCACGCCAGUGAGUUUGGACUUCCCAUAGAGAUGAGGAAGUCAUGGAGGGCUUUUAAGCCAAGGAGUGGUGGGUCGCAAGCUACAUUUUAUGACGAACCAGUUGCUGCAUAGAGGAAUUCAAAUGGUAUUCUCUCCCGUGUUCCUUGCUCCUUUGAGGUGAUUCAGGAGUGGGAUCAAGCACCCUCACCCCAACUUCAGACAGAAUGUCCCCGCUGUUACCCAUGUUGUACACUUGGGUUUCACAGAAAUGCUUUGUUUGGAAAAUGUAGAAUAUGAACUCCUUGAGGACAAACUUUUCAUCCAGUAAGGAACCAAGUAUUGGCCCUGAGUAAGUGCUUAAUAAAUAUUUGAUGAGUUUAUAUGAAUAUGUGAUGCAGGGAAUUGAUUUGAGUGUUGGAAUUGUUUUAGUUUGGAUUAUUGUUCAGCAAUGAUUCACCAGUUCCACUGUAGCAGAGUGCACUUGCCUGGAGCAAGAUGUUGGUCUUGGCUGCGUAAUUUGCCUUGGCAGUGGAAUGUUAGUGGAUGUGAUGUGAGCAGACUUGAAAUGUGCUUGUAGAGUUGGAUUUACCCCUUUCCAUUCUUGUGUUUUGCAUUAAGAAUAUGCCUUCAGGCUGGGUGCAGUGGCUCAUGCCUAUAAUCCCAGCACUUUGGGAAGCCAAAACAGGUGGAUCACUUGAGGCCAGGAGUUCAAGACCAGCCUUGCAAAACCCCAUCUCUACUAAAAAUACAAAAAUUAGCUGGACACAGUGCGAAGGCCUGUAAUCCCAGCAAUUUGGGAGGCUGAGGCAUGAGAAUCUCUUGAACCUGGGAGGCAGAGGUUGCAGUGAGCUGAGAUUUGCAUCACUGCACUCCAGCCUGGGUGACAGAGUAAGACUCUGUCUUAAAAAAAAAAAAAAAAAAGAAAAAGAAUAUGCCUUUAUGAGCUGUUUACUAAAGAGAAUAGGAUAUGGACCCCAGCUGCAGCUUGAUAAAUGGAUACACCUAUGUAGCCACCCACACUCAAGCUAUGGAGUAUUUUCCAGGUUCCUGAAAGUUCCUUGUGCUCCUUUAAAGAAAAUUUUCCAGGCCGGGCGUGGUGGCUCAUGCCUAUAACCCCAGCACUUUGGGAGGCUGAGGCGGGUGGAUCACGAGGUCAAGAGAUCGAGACCAUCCUGGUCAACAAGGUGAAGCCCCGUCUCUACUAAAAAUACAAAAAUUACUGCGCAUGGUUCGUGUGCCUGUAAUCCCAGCCACUCGGGAGGCUGAGACAGGAGAAUUGCUUGAACCCAGGAGACAGAGGUUGUAGUGAGCCGAGAUCGUGCCAUUGCACUCCAGUCUGGGUAACAACAGCCAAACUCCGUCUCAAAAAAAAAAGGAAAAGAAAAAGAAAAAUUUCCCCCAUACCUUGCCCCAAGCAAACUUUGAUUUGCUUUCAGUAACUACAAGUUAGUUCUGACUGCUCUAAAAUGUUACGUAAAAGGAAUCCCAAGGUAACUGCUGUUUUGCGCCACAAUUCUUUCAUCCACAUUUUUUAUAUAUUGCAUGUUGUUCUGUGUGUCAGUAGCUUGUUACAUUUUACGGUGGAAUAACAUUUCAUUUGUGGAUAUAGCGUAUUAUCUUCACCCAUUUGCAUGUUAUAGAUAUUUGGAUUCUUUGCAGCUUUUUCCUGUUUUGAAUAUAGUAUGAAUGCACAAGAUAUUGUGUAAACAUAUUUAUUAUUUCUCUUGAGUAAAUACAGUGGUCUCUCCUUAUCUAUGAGGGAUACACUCCAAGUCUCCAGUGGAUGCCUGAAACUAUGUUUUUCAUAUACAUAUAUGCCUAUGAUGAAGUUUAAUUUAUAAAUUAGGCACAGUGAGAGUAAUAAACAACAAUAACUAAUAAUAAAAUAGAACAGUUAUAACAUAUACAGUAAUACAAGUAAAAUAAGAGUGACUUGAACACAAGCCUGCGGAUACUGCAACAGUCAAUCCAAUAGCCAAGGUGGCUGCUGAGUAAUGGGCAGGUGGUACACACAGCAUGGAGACACUGCACAAAGGGAUGGUUCAUGUACCCAGUGGGCCAGAGCAGGAUGGCACGAGAUUCUUAUCAUGCUACUCAGAGCCGUGUGCAAUUUAAAACUUACAAAUUCUUUACUCCUGAGAUUUUCUAUUGAGUAUAUUUAUUUAUUCAGGCAGAGUUUCAUUCUUGUUGCCCAGGCUGGAGUGCAAUGGCAUGGUUUCAGCUCACUGCAACCUCCACCUCCCAGGUUCAAGCAAUUCUCCUGCCUCAGCCUCCCAGGUAGCUGGGAUUACAGGCACCUGCCUCCAUACCCAGCUAAUUUAUUUUGCAUUUUUAAUAGAGACAGGGUUUCACCAUGUUGGCCAGGCUGGUCUCCAACUCCUGACUUCAGGUGAUCCUCCCGCUUCAGCCUCCCAAAGUGCUGGGAUUACAGGUGUGAGCCACUGCGCCCAGCCUCUAUUGAGAAUUUUUGGACUGCAGUUGACCAUGGGUAACUGAAACCAAUGAAAGCAAAACUGCAGGCAAUGGGGGACUACUGUACUUAGGAGGGGAAUUGUUGAGUAAAAUGCUACUUGCAUUCUUACUUGUAAGGGAAACUACAAAAGUAUUUUCAGAAGUGGUUGUUCCAUUUGACAUUCACGCCAUCUGUUACUGCCAGUCUGUAAAUUUUCAUUCUCAAAGGUGUAUAAUGACAUCUCAUUGUGAUUUUAAUUUGCAUUUCCUUAAUGAUUAAUAACAUUGAGCAUCUUUUCUGGUCCUAUUGGCCAUUUGUAUAUAUGUUUUUUCUUUGCCUGUAUUUUUGGGUUGCUUGUUUUGUUUUUUGUUUUUUUUUUGAGACGAAGUCUUGCUCGGUUGUCCAGACUAGUUGGCACAACCUCAGCUCGCUGCAACCUCUGCCUCCUGGGUUCAAGUGAUUCUCAUGCCUCAGUCUCCUGAAUAGUUGGGAUUACAGACACCCCCACCACACCCAGCUAAUUUUCUGUAUUUUUAGUAGAGAUAGGUUUUCACUAUGUUGGCCAGGCUGGUCUUGAACUCCUGAUUUCAAGUGAUUCACUCACCUCAACCUCCCAAAGUGCUGGGAUUACAGGUGUGAACUACUGUACCCAGCCUCGUUGCUUAUUUUCUUAACAAUGACUUAUAAAACUCUUCUAUAUAUCCUUUAUACAAGUCCUUUGUGUUAUUAGUAUUUUAUUCUAGUCAGGGGCUUGCCUGUUUGUUUUCAUAAAGAUGUCUUAUGAAGAGGAGUUAAACUUUUUUUGGUGGAAUCAAAUUAAUUUUUUCUUUACAAUUCAUGCUUGUGUGUUAUAUCUAAGAAAUGUAUGCCUACCCCAAGACUGCAAAGAUUUUCUCCUCUGUUAUUUUUCUAUAAGUAUGUGUGUGUAUUUAUUAUUUAUUGCAUGUAAAUAUCCACUUGUCCCAUCACCAUUUGUUGUAGGUCUAUGCUUUAUCCAUUGAAAUAUUUUGUCAGUGUCUCAGUGUUGACCAUGCACGUGUGGGCCAACUUCUGAUUUCUAUAUUCUGUUCCAUUGGCCUAUACGUUUAUCCUUAUGCCAGUCCUAUACUCUCUUGAUUACUGUGGCUGUACAGUGAGUCUGAUUUUCUUCAUAGUUUAAUUGGAGUGUUUAAACCAUUACAUUUAAUAACAUGAUAGGUAUUGUUUGUUUUGCUCCUCUUUUUCUGCCCUCUUUUGGAUUACUUGAGCAUUUCUUUAUAGUUCCAUUUUCCUCCACAUUGUUCUAUAAGCUAUACUCCUCAGAUUUAUUUUAUAUUAACUGUACUUGGGUUUACAAUAUACAUUAUCAAUUUAUCAUAGUCUGCCUUAAUCUGAUAUUUACUACUUCAUCUGUUGCAUAUCUCUCAAUAAUACACUUUUAUUUCCCUCUUCUCUCCUAUGUGUUACUGUUGUCAUGCAUAUUUUAUAAGCCCCACAGUCCAGUAUUAUUAUAUUUGCAUUAAACAGUAUCUUUUACAGAAAUGUAAAAGUCUGACAAAUUUUUAAAUAUUUACCUAAAUAUUUACCAUUUCUGAUGCUUUUCAUUUCUUUGUAUCAUUUACUUCUGCCUAAAUAACUUUCUUCAACAUUUUAUCAUGUAGGUCUGACGGCAACAAAUUCUCCCAGCUUUUGUUUGUGUGAAAUCAUCUUUUUCUUUCGUUUGUGAGAGGUGUUUUCUCUGGCGACCUAAUUCUAUACUGAGUUUCCUUCAGUACUUCAGAGAUGAGUUUACAGAGAAGCCUGAUGAUUUGCUUCGUUUCUGAAAAGAAGUCUGCAGUUAUUAUGAGGCUUAUUUCUCUCUACAUUAUGUGCCUUUUAUUUCUGUCUUGUUUCUCUUGAUGGCUGAUUUUCAGGAAUUUGAUUAUGAUGUGUCUCGAUGUGUUUUGUCUUUAUCUCACUUGGGAUUCACCAAGCUUCUUGCAUAUGAGCUUAUAGAUUCCACCAAGUUCUCAAAAUUUUCUGCUGUUUCUUCUUCAAAUAUAUUUUUUCUGCUACCUCUCACCCCACUGAUUUUCCUCCAGGGAGUCCGAGUACAUGUAUGCCAGGCUGCUUGAUAUUAUCUCACAGAUCACUGAUUUUCAUUCAUCUUUUUCUUUGUUUUCCAUAUUGGAUUCUUUCUAUUGCUAAAUCUUCAAGUUCAUUAGUAUUUUCUUCUGCAGUCUUUUAUAUGCUUUUAAUUCCAUGAGGUAAAUUUUAAUUUUAGAUAUUGUGUUUUCAACUCUAAAAGUUCUAUUAUUUAAAAAAAAGUUCUUUCAGUUCCUCUUCACUAUGUUUAUGUUUUCUCUUAAGUACUUGAACUUAUUGCUGUUUUAAAAUCCUAAAAUCCUUGCCUGCUAAUUUCAUCAUGCCACAAUUUCUGGAUAUGUUUCUAAAAUGAUUGUUUUCUGGUAAAGGAUCAUAUUUGCCUGUUUCUUGCAUGUUUAACAGUUCUGGUUGAAUGCUGGACAUUGUGGAUUUAUGUUAUUAAAUGUACAGAUUUUAAUGUCUUCCUUUAAAAAGUGUUGAGCUUUGUUCAAUAAGUGAAGUUACUUCUGGUCAGUUUUAUUAUUUUGAGGCUUAUUUUUAAGCUAAGUUGUAUCAGAUAUAUAGUAGCCUCUACCUGGCUGGUAAUUUAAACCCAUUAUUAAAUUACUUGUGGAGUCUCUACUGCAUGUAUGAGUGAUCGGUGAGAACCCUCCCCUCUGGCUAGAGGAAACCUGAACAAUUCUCUGCCUUGUCAGACUUCCUGGAACAGGACCUCACAGUCCCAGCCACUCCUUACCCAACCUUGUGGAGUUUCACUAAAUUCACAUUUAUUCUUAUUUUUAUUUUGAAAAAUAUAAUAUUUAAAUAAAGGCUACAUCUCUUAAUUACCAUUAUUAUAACAAAUAAUUUUCCUGAAUUGAACUCUUUAUAAUGCAUGCAUAAUUUACAGUAUAAAUAGAACAAAAUGCCAUGACAAAAGUCAUUGAGUACAAAACUUGUAAUAAAAAAGGCAUAAAAUAUAUUUGCAUAUAAACCCCUUUGAAAAAACAAGGAAAAGCUCGAGCUCUCAAUAUAGGGCGACACGCAGAGAGGGUCAGGUACCGUACGGAUUUACAGUCGAGCACUAGAGACAGUGGAUUCAUACUCUUUUGCCAGGCAGUAGGUACAGAUGUGUAGUACAAGUAACAGUGACAAACACAGUACAGAUUCGCUUAAUGCAGUAACUGGAACAACAGCAUGAAGCUGCCUGGAGGAAAGGUGCUGCUAGGUCUCCCCACAACUGUUCGUUUCUUUGCAGGGAAGAAGGGUAGUUUCUGGAAUGGCUGUGGUCCAAAGACCAGUUACAAAGAAACAAUUCCCCCCACCAAACAUGGAACUGUCAUUUCCAUAAAAGCCCAAGCUUGUACCACAAGGUAGUGGUUCUGGCAGGCCUCAGCCAUGGGACCCUGGGUCUGCAGAGGCUACAGAUGUGGCGCCUCAGUCACAGGAUAUACCUGGAGCCCCCAGGAUGAGGCUCCGCAUCCCUCCACAAAGGAUCAUCCCAGCCACCACGACAACCUCCAAAAUGUCGAUGAUGACACAAUGUGAUCAAUGCACAAGACCUUCCAGACAAAAUAGAGCAGCAUAGGAAAAAA